AUGAUAUUGGACUGCUUCAUUCUUCAGAUCUCCUCCUCGACCGUUAAUUCUGUCAGUCAAUACAGCUCUCUUGUUUCCUCGACUUGCGAUGAAUUGGACGCCAGCAUUAAGUCCAUGUACGUUAUGAUGGCGAGAUGUGAAGAACUCGUCAAGGUCAUGUCGAAGGUCCCCAAACUGCAGGAGUCGCUGUAUCCUUUUAAAUUCCGUGAUUGUUAA